CUCGGUUGCGAUACAAAUAAGCUGAUUAAAAACUUCUCGCGGUGCUUAUUUACGCUGUCAUUGUUUCAAAUACAAAUCAAAUCUUGUUGUAAAAACCUUUAAGCAAAUUUUGCACUAAAAAUAUUCUGAAUGACAAUUCGUGACUGUUGAAAAAAAUGAAAGUCAUACUACAUUUUUACAUACUUGCAAGUUAUACGAUGUUUAUUCUUUGCGACGUUCUGGAUACUUCUUGCAAACCGCGACAAAUAAUGAAAAGAGUGGAAGUAAGCUCACCAGCUUUUUAUAUAACUUACGAAUGCUCAGGUCAUUCAGCACCAUCUCCUCCUACCAAACGCUGUUUGCAUUCAAGGUUUAAUAAUUUGACGUUUAAAUAUAAUCAUUUUGGAGAGGAACGAGAAGUAAUUUACGAAAAUCAUACUUCAUGUGAAAUGAAAUGCGUUUGUGGUGAUUGUGAAAUCGAAGGUUUGCAUACCGUUAAGUGCGAUGAAAAAUUUAUAUGGGACAAUUCAUCCUGUGAUUGCGUUCCUAGUUGCAAAGAAGAUUGCAAAACAAAUAGCGUGAUCAGCAAGACUAAUUCAGAAAAAGGAGUUUCUAUUGCAACACUUGUUUUAGUCAUGGUAGCAGAGCUUGUCAUCGUCUUAAUAGCGGUAUUACUCAAGUUUGAUACAUGCAAAUGCAGAAAGCAUUCAACAGGUGUCCUAUACGGAGCUGCUAAAUAUAUAAAAAGUGCUACAGGAGAAAAAGGUAAAAGUAGAACAGAAAUAAACAGAACGGGAUCAGUAAGCUUACUUACUUGCGAUUCCAUUUCUACACAACGAAACACGUAACUGCGUCGAUCGUGAGUAUAACUCCUAAUAAAAACCAACAAAUCUGUAUUUAACAAUAGCUGUUGCAAAACAACCACAAAACCUUUAUGAAUUUUUGUAUAAAACCAUUCAAUGGUUUUAGUUUUUACUUUUAUAGGUUUAAACAAUAAUAUAUAUA